AUGCUGCAAGAGCUUGGUAUCCGCUAUGCUGCUUACAGCCUCAAGGCUGAAUAUUUCCAUUUUGCUGAACAGAUUCUUUUUGAAGUGCUUGCCACCUGGCUGGGAAGCGAUUUUACCAAAGAAGUGGAAUUUGCGUGGAAGAUGGUCUCAGGUUUCAUGGUGGCCACCAUGCUGGCUGGCUUCGUGUGCAGCAAAUGCUGGCUGAAGCUUCAGACGGCUCUGAGGAAAGCACAGCUGUUGGUGAAACAGAGACGGGCUCCAGGAUGGCUUCUUUUUUUGCCAGAUGAACAGGAUGCUUUCUGA